AAUAUUCGAACUUCUUUACGAAUUCGUCUGGCCCUCACUCGUUCCGAAUUAACUUCUCCUGACUCAACAGAAGAACUGUUCAACAGCAUAGACGAGCUUGUUCAACUACUGGACGAUGUAUCCUUUGACUCCAGUCAACCUAUCAAGCCGGCAAAGAACACCGUCAGGUCACCUCCCGGUUCCAUCCUGGCCGUUUUGAACCGCCUCCUAAUCUCCUGGCGGUUUGUCGGUGUGUCGGACUCCGGUGCAAGGGCUUCCUUCGCGGCGGCCCAGUCCAUCUUCGGAGUACCCCUUCUGGCCGCUUCCAGGACCGCCUUCGCUCGGCCUCCGAGAGGAUCUUUGGCGCCGCCAACAUACUCCGUCGGGGAGGGCGCGCCGAUUCUU